GAGAUUUGUGACGCCUGAAUUAGCCGCUUGCGGAAGUGCGGGAGACUUUAAGGUGUUGCGGGAUAUUUAAACAGCGAUCUGGCGGUGCGGGAUGUGCGGGAUGUGCUGAGGAGCCGGACUAUUGGGCGAUAAUUGGCAAAUGAAAGGCCACAGCAAAAUUAUAUCACGAUGCCGCUGGGAUUAAAGCCAACAUGCAGCAUGUGCAAAACCAACACAUCUUCCAUGUGGAAGAAGGGAAACCAGGGGGAGAUCCUGUGUAAUAACUGCAGUGGCAAGAGCAGCAGCAGCAGCAGCGGUGGUGGAAACAACAACAACAGCGGCGGUGGUGGAAGUACCAGUGGUAGCAGCUCUUAUACUGGCACAAACUUUGCAAGUGCAUCCACGUCCCAGCAGAGUAAUGGUGGGAACACUAAGCAGUCCAAACAGGAAAUCCACCGCAGAUCAGCCCGACUAAGGAACACAAAGUACAAAUCUACUCCGGCUGUUGAAAAGAAGGUUUCUACUAAAGGAAAGGGCAGAAGGCACAUAUUUAAACUAAAAAAUCCGAUCAAGGCACCAGAGGCUGUAUCUACCAUCGUAACAUCAGAGUCCAUCUUCCAUAAGGGACUCUACUACCAGAUUGGAGAUGUGGUUUCUGUUGUGGAUGAGGAAGAUGGCAAAACAUACUAUGCCCAAAUCAGAGGUUUUGUACAGGAUCAGUACUGUGAGAAGAGUGCUGCCCUGACAUGGCUCAUCCCUACAAUGUCCAGUCCAAAAGAUGGGUUUGAUCCCUCAACAUACAUUAUAGGGCCAGAUGAAGAUCUCCCCAGAAAGAUGGAGUGCUUAGAAUUUGUGUGCCAUGCUCCCUCUGAAUACUUCAAGUCUCGCUCUUCUCCUUUUCCUACUAUUCCUACCAGGCCAGAAAAGGGAUUUAUUUGGACUCACAUUGGCCCCACUCCAGCUAUCAAUAUCAAGGAAACAAUUGCCAACCACUGAUAGAGAUUCAUAGACUGUAUUGUCCAGCCAAGCAUUUCUCACAUGUAGCUGAAUUUGGUCUUCAAACAAUUUUUUUGCCAAAACAAUUAAACGACGAGAGCUUGUUACCUGUAGGGGUAAAGAUUGGGUGCACACGCCCAGCGAAUGUCAAGCAACCAAUCAGCACUGAGCUAUGCCUAAAAGGAAGAACUGAAGAACUACUAGAUCUCUUUGGCUGAGAAACGGCCACUUUCAUACAAUGCAAUUAGAUUAAUACAAUUCAGGGAAAAUCCAGAUGGUUCCACCUAGAUGGGCAGGUUUCCUUCCUUUUCUAAACAUUUUAGUGUGAAGUCUGAUAAGUAUACAUGGGGUCCAGGUGCACAUACCUUAGACCUACAGCAAAAGGAGGUUCAUGCCACAGCCAGAACAGCAGGCAUUCAUGGAUCCCACGAAACAGGCUUGUAUAAAAGAAUUACAAACUUUAUUGUAGGCCAACAGAAGAUUAUAGCCUUACAUCAGGGGUGGCCAAAACAUCAAUUGUGGUCCACCAGUCGCUCCCCUGUGGAUUUCUGGUGGACCGCGUCGAAGCCGGGAAAUGCGGAAGUGUGGUGGUUCCGUGCGUUUAUUGGAUAUGCGUAUGUACGCUGCGUCGCGUAUGUGCGCACGGAGGAGUCAGAAGUCGAUGGAAGCAGGAAAAAGUCUGGGCGCCCCUGCCUUAUAUGUUUCCUGCAUAAAGCUCUUGAAGGAAAACUAUACCCCUAGAAUGAAUACUUAACCAACAGACAGUGUAUAUUAUGUUAAGUGUCCUAUUAAAGAAUCUUACCAACCUGGAAUAUAUAUAUCAGUAAAUAUUGCCCUUUUAUAUCUUUUCCCUUGAGCCGCCAUUUAGUGAUGGGCUGUGUGCUCCCUCAGAGAUCAACUGACAGGAAAUAAUGCAGCUCUAACUGUAACAGGAAGUAGUGUGGGAGUAAAAGGCAGAACUCUGCCCAUUUAUUGGCUGAUGGAGCCUAGCAUGUAUGUGUGCCUUGGCUUGUUUGUGUGCACUGUGAAUCAUAUGAUCCCAGGAGGCGGCCCUUAAUUCUUAAAAUGGCAAUUUUCUAUUUAGCAUUACCCAAUAGCACAUAAUGUUAAAAAAAGUAUAUUUUUAUGAAAAUGGUUUAUUUAGAUGAAGCAGGGUUUUAUAUUUGAGCUUGUUUAUGCAAUAUAUUUUUAUAGAGACCUACAUUGUUAGGGGGUAUAGUUUUCCUUUAAUGAUAGGCUAAAAAAACAGGUAUAUCUACCCAAAUACAAAUUAACUAAUUAAUUAGAAGGGGAGGGAGCAAUAAAAAAAAA